GAAGUGGCCUCGCCCACUGGGCCGGCGCCUGGGGCUUUAAAUAUUCCCCCGCGGGGCCGUGCAGGGGCUCUCGGGACUCGCGCGCAGCGCCACCGCACUGACCUUCUCGCCACCAUGCUCUCCGUCCGCGUCCCGCUCGCCACCAUCGCUGACCCACAGCAGCAGCAGCUCUCGCCCUUGAAGGGGCUCAGCCUAGCGGACAAGGAGAACACUCCCCCUUCCCUCAGCGGGACCCGCGUGCUGGCCAGCAAGACCGCAAGGAGGAUCUUCCAGGAGCCCUCAGAGCCGAACCCUAAGCUAUCUGCCCCCAGUGUGGAGGACGAACCACUUCUGAGAGAAAACCCCCGCCGCUUUGUCAUCUUUCCUAUCGAAUACCAUGAUAUUUGGCAGAUGUAUAAGAAAGCUGAGGCUUCCUUUUGGACAGCUGAGGAGGUGGACCUUUCCAAGGACAUUCAGCACUGGGAAGCCCUGAAGCCUGAGGAGAGAUAUUUUAUUUCCCAUGUGCUGGCUUUCUUUGCAGCAAGUGAUGGCAUAGUAAAUGAAAAUUUGGUGGAGCGGUUUAGCCAAGAAGUUCAGAUUACCGAAGCCCGUUGUUUCUAUGGCUUCCAAAUUGCCAUGGAAAACAUACAUUCUGAAAUGUAUAGUCUCCUCAUUGACACUUACAUUAAAGAUUCCAAAGAAAGGGAAUUUCUCUUCAAUGCCAUUGAGACGAUGCCUUGUGUGAAGAAGAAGGCAGAUUGGGCCUUGCGCUGGAUUGGGGACAAAGAAGCUACAUAUGGAGAACGUGUGGUAGCCUUUGCCGCAGUGGAAGGCAUCUUCUUUUCUGGUUCUUUUGCAUCAAUAUUCUGGCUCAAGAAACGAGGACUGAUGCCUGGCCUCACGUUUUCCAAUGAACUUAUUAGCAGAGAUGAGGGUUUGCACUGUGACUUUGCCUGCCUUAUGUUCAAACACCUGUUGCACAAACCUUCAGAACAGAGAGUAAAAGAAAUAAUCGUCAAUGCAGUUAGGAUAGAACAGGAGUUCCUCACGGAGGCCCUGCCUGUGAAGCUCAUUGGGAUGAAUUGCACUUUGAUGAAGCAGUACAUCGAGUUCGUGGCAGAUAGACUUAUGCUGGAGCUGGGCUUUAGCAAGGUUUUCAGAGUAGAAAAUCCAUUUGACUUUAUGGAAAAUAUUUCACUGGAGGGGAAGACUAACUUCUUUGAGAAGAGAGUAGGCGAGUAUCAGAGGAUGGGAGUGAUGUCAAGUCCGACAGAGAAUUCCUUUACCUUGGAUGCCGACUUCUAAGUGACCUGAAGAUGUGCUCUUACCUUGCUGAUUUUUUUUUUUUCCUUCUCAUCAAAAAAGAAAAAAAUCAGCUACUUGAACCAUAUCAACGAGCUACACCAUGAAUUGUCCAUCAUGUUCACUAAUGGCAUCUUUAGCACUGUGUAGCUACCUCAAAAUCAAUCCUGUUAAUGCUAGUGGGGUCACCUAGAUGGAAAGUAGUCAAAAGCUACUCAGGUUCUUGAAAGAUCUUGUCCGUGUUUGGCUUUUGCAAGCAGGCUAGCUGAACAGGACUUACUUUGCCUCUUAACAGCAGCUUUCUUGGCCUCCAAGUGUAGGGACUCAGUGAGUUUGAUCCGGAAAGAUUAAAGAGUAACUGCCACAAGACUGUAGGAAGACAUCAGACUCACUGCUUCUGAGCAGAUUUUAAAGUUUACUUAUGAUUUGUAUAUAAAACUGGCACUUUACACACAAAUAAACAUAGUUUGAACUGUCAGGGUAAAGGCUUGAUUUUACCUAAAUUUGUUGGUUUCUGCACCAAAUGCAAAAGUAUUCUAUUUACCAAUAGUGGGAGCCAAUUCAAGAUUUACUAGGUGACCAGAGUAGGUUAAGCCUAUGUAAACUAAGCAUGUUAUUUUUCUUCUUUUCUUGAAUGAAUUGAAUUGAAGCGCUUUUUUGACUCAAUCCUGUGCACGCCUAGGUAUUAGUAUCAGCCAGGUGGUGCCCCCUUGAACACAGGUUGGUGUCCUGUUGUAGAGCCCAGGUUGAGUAUCUCAGGAUAAGAGAUGAGAGAUCUCUAGGAACUAAAGUUCAGAUCCAGGCUCACUGUAGGUUACCUGGGUGUGCGGGAGGGGCUGUAUCAUUUAGUUUCUCAAAUUGUAUGUUCUUCAACUUCAAGUUGGUAUGAAAGAUCCUUGAAGAGUCUUCUUAGCAGGGAUCCAAGAUAUAAUAUUAACAUUGUAAGUUGGUUUUGAAAUCACCCUUGAAUGAUAGGACCCACCUAUAUAAGAUCUUUGACCUAUUAAGUGGUAAAGGCAGGACUGAAAUGUCCCCUCCUAAAAGUUGAGUGUCUAUUCUGAUUUUGUGAAAUUUGUAAGUAGGUACUGUUGACUUAACCAUUUAUACUUAUAAGUUAGAAAAGUUUUCUACUAUCUAUGUUUUUUUAAUAUUAUAUCUGUAGUUUAUACUUUGAAAUAAUUACCCAGUAUUAUUUUCCAGUUCAUAAUUGAGUAGUUACCAUUCAGUGCAAUGACUUCUAGGAUUUGCGUAAACCUUAGCAUCAUCUGCUGGAUUCUUAAACUGCAGUAGAAAACUAGUGUUAUGUGAAUAAUUAGUACAUGUUCCACUCAAAUAUUAAUUUCAGAAAAGAAAGUAUAAACUUAAUUGGUAUAUUUAAUAGGGCUGGUUUAAAUCAAUCUGCCUUUUUAUUCCUUCCUCCCUCCAAAAAAGGCAAGAUGUAAUAUGGAAGGAAAUAAGUGACACCCAUCAAUCUCUCGGCUGUUUGUUAACACAUUGUGUUGUGUGUUGGCUGACCACUGGCCUGUCCUGUUGUCAGUUUUCUUCCUUGUAUAAAUGGUAAAAUAGUCAAUUUGAAAUUUUCUGUAAUAUGGGAUCCUUCUCUAUCUUUUAAAUUAUUGUUGUAAAGUUAAUCCAGAUUAUAUGGUCCUUAAACGUAGGCAACACAAAAAUAAACACUUUAACUGGCAUGGUCAGGUACAGGUGGAAGUUGGAAGCAAAUUUUAGGAUUCUACCUCCCAUUAGCUGUGUGAUACAAGCAUUAACUUCCACCAGUUAGGAUCCGGUUUCUUCAUCUGUUUAAAGGGAAAACAGAUUUUGUCUAAAACGUCUCAAAAUCCUAAUAUUGAGUACUGCACAAGUGUUCAGUGAUUUCAAUAAAACUGUUCUUGUGUCA